AUGGCUGCAGAGAAAGAACCUGUGGCCCUAACUUGGGUCCGUGAACAAGGUGGAGGUCUAAGGCUCAGGGUGCUUAUGUUCAGUUUCUUUCUUGGGAGGAGGAACAGGGGAGGAAGUGGGCUCCCUGUUAGGGUGGAACCAGAUGUGAAGGGUGGGGCUGUGCCUUCUGUCCAACUGGGCAGUACAGAAGUAGAUUUUAACCCAAGACACAGAACCUCGCUUGCCAACGAGAAUCUUCUAGAAGAGAAGAGAAGAGAAGAGAAGAUUGGCAGAAUUUUUUUAAAGUGCCAAGACUUGCCUGUGAAAUCGUCUGCGUGCAUAGUAUUAAUGAGGUGCUUUUUCAGAUGGACCAAGCCCUUGGCCACAGAUCCCUGGUUACUUAUAUUUAUUCUCUUUUCCGUGCAACAUGUAUAUGGGAGUGGGAAGAAAUACAUUGGUCCUUGUGGAGGAAGAGAUUGCUUUGUUUGCCAGUGCUUUCCUGAAAAGGGGUCUCGGGGUCAACCGGGACCACCAGGACCACAAGGUCCAAUUGGGCCCCUGGGACCCCGAGGACCCACUGGGAUUCCAGGAGAGAAAGGAAUGAGAGGAGACAGUGGCCCUCUUGGGGCAGCAGGGUACAAAGGAGAUAAGGGUCCAACUGGUGUUCCUGGAUUUCCAGGUUUGGAUGGCCUACCUGGGCACCCAGGGCCUCCAGGACCCAGAGGCAAACCUGGCGUGAAUGGUUACAAUGGCUCAAGAGGUGACCCAGGGUUUCCAGGAGGAAGAGGAGCUCCUGGCCCAGGAGGCCCCCCAGGCUAUCCUGGGGAAAAAGGAGAAAAAGGAAAUUCAGUGUUCAUUUUAGGUGCCAUUAAAGGUAUUCAGGGAGACAGAGGAGACCCAGGAUUGCCUGGCUUACCGGGAUCUCGGGGUGCAAGAGGACCAGCAGGCCCCAUGGGAUAUCCCGGAGAGCCAGGCUUAGCGGGACCUCUGGGCCACCCUGGACGUCCAGGCUUGAAGGGCAAUCCUGGUGUGGGAGUAAAGGGGCAAAUGGGAGAUCCGGGUGAAGUUGGCCAGCAAGGUUCUCCUGGACCCACUCUAUUGGUAGAGCCUCCUGAUUUUUGUCUCUAUAAAGGAGAAAAGGGUAUAAAAGGAAUUCCUGGAAUGAUUGGACUGCCAGGACCACCAGGACGCAAGGGAGAACCUGGCAUUGGAGCAAAAGGAGAGAAAGGUCUUCCUGGAUUCCCAGGGCCUCGGGGUGAGCCUGGUUCCCAUGGAUCUCCAGGUUUUCCAGGAUUAAAGGGAGAACCAGGACUGGUUGGAGGCCCUGGGCUACUUGGAUUUCUUGGUCCAAAGGGAGAUCCUGGAGACCGCGGGCAACCAGGACCACCAGGUGUUUUGGUGACUCCAGCUCCUUUGCUCAAAGGACCCUUAGGGGACCCAGGGUUCCCAGGCCACUAUGGAGAAACGGGGGCCAUUGGACCACCUGGUCCCCCAGGUCUCCCGGGCAGACCAGGGGAAGCCUGUGCAGGCAUGAUAGGGCCCCCUGGGCCACAAGGGUUUCCUGGUCAUCCUGGGCUUCCAGGGUCAGCUGGUAUUCCUGGAAGACCUGAUACUGCUCCAGGAAAACCAGGGAGUCCAGGACCACCAGGCAUGCCUGGAGCACCAGGGCUUCAGGGACUCCCAGGAUCAGAUGUGAUAUACUGUAGUGCUGGACACCCUGGAUCACAAGGAAUAAAAGGCAAAGUGGGUCCUCCAGGAGGAAGAGGCUCAAAAGGAGAAAAAGGAAAUGAAGGACUGUGUGCCUGCAAGCCUGGUCCCAUGGGCCUCCCUGGCUCCCCAGGACUUCCUGGGAGGCAGGGGACUAAGGGAGACUUGGGGCUCCCUGGUUGGCUUGGAGAGAAAGGUGACCCGGGCCCUCCUGGUGCUGAAGGAUCUCCAGGGCUACCAGGAAAAACUGGUGCCUCUGGACCACCUGGCGACAAAGGAGCAAAAGGUGACAUGGUUGUAUCAAGAGUUAAAGGACACAAAGGAGAAAGAGGUCCUGAUGGGCCCCCAGGAUUUCCAGGGCAGUCGGGAACACAUGGUCGGGAUGGAUAUCCUGGAGAAAAAGGGGAUCCAGGACCCCCUGGAGAUCAUGAAGACGCAGCCCCAGGUGGUAAAGGGUUUCCUGGACCUCCGGGUCCCCCAGGCAAAGUAGGACCUGUGGGGACCCCAGGACUGGGAUUUCCUGGUCCACCGGGAGAGCGAGGUCGACCAGGAGUUCCAGGCCGUCCAGGUGUGAGGGGUCCUGAUGGCUUGAAGGGUCAGAAAGGUGACACAAUUUCUUGUAACGUAACCUACCCUGGGAGGCCAGGCCCUCCAGGUCUUGAUGGACCUCCAGGUCCAAAGGGAUUUCCAGGUCCUUAUGGUGCUCCUGGGCGAAGGUGUUUGGAUGGGCAAAAAGGACAACGUGGCAAACCAGGAAUAUCAGAAAUGCGAGGUCCACCUGGUUUUCGUGGUGACAUGGGAGAUCCAGGUUUUGGAGGUGAAAAAGGAUCUUCCCUUGUUGGACCCCCAGGCCCUCCUGGGUCACCUGGAAUGCAUGGUCAGAAAGGAAUUCCGGGAGACCCUGCAUUUGGUCACCCAGGGCCUCCAGGAAAGAGGGGUCUUUCAGGACUGCCAGGGACAAAAGGAUCCAAAGGUGAACCAGGAUGCCCCGGGGCUGAAGGAGCAGAUGGCAUUCCUGGAUUCCCAGGCCGUAAAGGUCCCAAAGGCAGAGAGGGAAGUGUUGGGUUUCCAGGUGUCCCAGGCCCCCCUGGCCAUUCCUGUGAAAGAGGCGCUCCAGGGAUGCCAGGCCAACCAGGACUCCCCGGGCCUAUGGGUAGUCCAGGUGCCCCAGGUGGGAAGGGACAACCAGGAGACAGGGGGCCUCCAGGACCAGUUGGAAUGAAGGGUCUCCCUGGACUCCCGGGACUGCCUGGGACACAUGGACCCCCAGGCUCCCCAGGAGUCCCAGGCCCCUUUGGCGAUGAUGGGCCACCUGGUCUUCCAGGCCCCAAAGGACUGCAGGGGCUGCCUGGUUUCCAGGGCUUUCCUGGAGAGAGAGGAAAGCCUGGCCCAGAGGGAUAUCCUGGCAGAAAGGGAGAACCUGGGGAAAAGGGUUGUCCUGGUUUUCCUGGAGACCAGGGAAUGAGAGGUGGCAAAGGGGCAAGAGGACCCUCAGGAGAUGAAGGAGAAAUGGCUAUUGUUUCCAAAAAGGGGAAACCUGGGGAACCUGGAUCUCCUGGAGAUGAUGGAUUCCCAGGAGAAAGAGGUGAUAAAGGAAGUCCAGGGAUACAAGGGAGAAGAGGCGAGCCAGGAAGACAUGGGCCACCUGGAUUUCACAGAGGGGAACCUGGUAGAAAAGGUCAGCCAGGGCCUCCUGGAUCCCCGGGCCUUCCAGGCUCACCUGGGCUCAGAGGGAUCAUUGGCUUCCCAGGAUUUCCAGGCGACCAGGGUGAGUUGGGUUCUCCGGGGCCCCCUGGAUUCUCAGGAACUGAUGGAGCAAGGGGACCUAAAGGAAAGAAAGGUGACCCUGCCAGUCACUUUGGUCCACCUGGUCCAAAGGGUGAGCCAGGUAGCCCUGGAUGUCAAGGACAUGUUGGAGCCCCUGGAGAGCAGGGCUUGCCUGGUGUUCAAGGGCCCCAUGGACCACCUGGAAGGCCAGGACUGCCUGGCUCCUCUGGAUCACCAGGGUGUCCAGGUGAUCAGGGGAUGCCUGGGCUGAAGGGACACCCAGGAGAAAUGGGAGGCCCUGGGCCAAGAGGCCUCCAGGGAGAUCCAGGGACACCAGGCCCUCCGGGAAUGAAAGGUCCUUCCGGGUUGCCCGGCCUGAACGGCCUGCAUGGUUUGAAGGGUCAGAAAGGAACCAAAGGUGCUUCAGGUUUGCACGAUAUGGGUCCACCUGGUCCAGUGGGAAUACCUGGGCUAAAAGGGGAGACAGGAGACCCUGGAAGCCCAGGAAUCUCUCCUCCAGGUCUUUCUGGAGAAAAAGGUCCCCUGGGACCUCCAGGAAGACCAGGACCACCUGGUCCUGCAGGUUCUACAGGAAGAGCUCCUAAGGGUGACAGACUUCACCCGGGUCUACCUGGAGAUCAGGGACCUCCUGGCCCUGAUGGCCCAAGAGGAGCAACUGGGCCUCCAGGCCCCCCUGGGAGUGUUGACCUUCUGCAAGGGGAGCCAGGUGACUGUGGUCUUCCAGGGCCACCAGGUCCUCCAGGCCUACCAGGCCCUCCAGGGUACAAAGGCUUCCCAGGCUGUGAUGGAAAAGAUGGCCAGAAAGGACCAAUGGGAUUCCCAGGACCACAGGGGCCACAUGGAUUUCCUGGGCCACCUGGAGAGAAGGGUUUACCUGGACCUCCAGGCAGAAAAGGGCCCACUGGCCCUCCAGGCUCCAGAGGUGAACCUGGGCCACCUGCAGAUGUGGAAGACUGUCCUCGAAUCCCGGGGCUUCCCGGGGUGCCAGGCCCGAGAGGACCAGAAGGAGCCAUGGGGCUCCCAGGAAUGAGAGGGCCCCCAGGACCAGGUUGCAAAGGAGAGCCUGGCCCGAAUGGCAGGAGGGGUGAGGAUGGUGUCCCUGGGCCUCCUGGGCCUCCUGGACGCAAGGGUGACACAGGAGAAGCUGGCUGCCCUGGAGCACCAGGUCCUCCUGGUCCCACUGGGGAUCCUGGGCCCAAAGGGUUUGGUCCUGGAUACCUCAGUGGCUUCCUCCUGGUUCUCCACAGUCAGACAGACCGGGAACCUGCCUGCCCCGUGGGCAUGCCCAAGCUCUGGACUGGUUACAGUCUGUUAUACCUGGAAGGACAAGAGAAAGCACACAACCAAGACCUUGGUCUGGCAGGGUCUUGCCUUCCUGUGUUUAGCACACUGCCCUUUGCCUACUGCAACAUCCACCAGGUGUGCCACUAUGCUCAGAGAAACGACAGGUCCUACUGGUUGGCCAGUGCUGCACCCCUCCCCAUGCGGCCACUCUCGGAAGAGGCCAUCCGCCCAUAUGUCAGCCGCUGUGCUGUUUGCGAGGCCCCAGCCCAGGCAGUGGCAGUGCAUAGCCAGGACCAGUCCAUCCCGCCAUGCCCGCCAACCUGGAGGAGUCUGUGGAUCGGGUACUCGUUUCUGAUGCACACAGGAGCUGGGGACCAAGGAGGAGGGCAGGCCCUCAUGUCACCUGGCAGCUGCCUGGAAGAUUUCAGAGCAGCACCAUUCCUUGAAUGCCAAGGCCGGCAGGGAACCUGCCACUUUUUUGCAAAUGAGUAUAGCUUCUGGCUAACAACAGUGAAACCAGACUUGCAGUUUUCUUCUGCCCCAUCGCCAGACACAUUAAAAGAGAGCCAGGCCCAGCGCCAGAAAAUCAGCAGGUGCCAGGUCUGUGUAAAAUAUAGCUAGUAAUGUGAAAUUCACCAACACAUGGCCAAGGGAAACUUCCGAGGGGGCUAAGACUUCCUAAGCUGUGCUAAGAGAUAUCAUGGUGCUCAUUUCGGACUCGUUCUCACUGUUCCUACAGUUUCAUCGCAGAUAUCCCACAGUCCUCUGUUCCUUACAGAUUAAGCAAACACUAUGCAUAUGCAUUUGUUUGAACCUACCAAUCUAGAUGAAAUUCAGAUACUCGUAUUUUAUUGAGGAUGAUGGAAGAGUUGGCUUUAUUUAAAAAUAUACUAAUUCAUAGGAAAGCAAGUAGGUGAUAAAGUUCAGAUUACAAAUUACAUUACUGAAAAUUUCAUUCCUUGGUCAAUAGCACCUCAAACAACUGAAGUCAAUUACUCUCUGAUACAGUGGGCUUCUGGAUGGAUUUUACAGGAGAAAAUAACUAGGCCAACAAAUGAAACUAGAAGGUAGAUAUUGUCAACAUUUCAAAAUGAUUUCCUCUGUAGUCUAUUUUUCCGUGCACUUUAAAUAAUUGUAAAACCAUGACCCAAAGAGAUUUUAUAAAAAGAAAAAAAAAAAAAAACAAACCCCACACUGCCAGAGUUAACAGUUCGUUUCAAAGCAGAAUGAAUCAUUAUGCCAGGAAGGCCCACAGUUGCCAUAUUCCAAAGAUGAGACAUUAGCAUAAACACAUCACUAGAUGAAUAUAAAACAUUAUGUUCUCUUCUGCAUUUUUCAGAGAAUAGAAAUGCCUACUUUGGCAACCCUUUUGAAAAGUAGCAAUUAUGGAAAAAAGUAUAUUCAAUAAGGGAUUAAGAGCCUAAAAGCUAUUAAUGAAUAUUAAGGUAGUGAUUCACAAAAAUUGACUCCCCAUUGCAGGGAACUUCCAGACAGACUGCUUUUCCCCAGUCGGGGUCCAGCAUGUCCUCGGUGCUUGCUUGUGUGCUAAUGGGACUGACACUACAUGGGGCUUACUCAGGCGGCACACAGUUCACACAAAGCAGCUCACUCCCCUCCCUAGGAGAGCCCGCAGAGCUUCUUGCAUCUCACAAUGGACACUUUUCCUCCACACACAUAAUGGCAGUUCACACAAGGAAGUGACAGAGCUAUCAUUAUGCACUUGGGAGGAAAUUGAGGGCCGACUUAAUUAAACUUAGGUAAGAAGAUUCGUUUAAGUCAGGGUUAACCCACCAGGAGGACAUGGUGCUUGCUAUCUUUAAAUGAAACAAAGACAGUUGGCAAUCUGAAUUUUAUGCUCCUGUGGUUGGUUUUUACAGGAGCAUCUGAUUUUUCUAAUUUUAAAGACAUACUUAUAUUUCAUAUCAGUAUUAUACCAAGGCAGCAGUUUGACAUUUGGCAUUAGUAUUUUCUAUAAGAGUUUAGAAGGUAUGUCAAUUUAUAAUGAGCAUGUUUUCUGAAGAGCAAAAGAUCCUUUUUCUAUUUUGCUAGAAAUUCAGUGCUCUAAUUCUAAAGAUUUGUUGGAAAAGAUUUUUAGGAAACUUACCUUCCUCAUUUAAAAAAAUUUUUUUUAGAGAAA